AUGGCAUCACUCAACGUUGAUGUAGGGCUUUGUGUUGCUUUCGCUUCAAUGCAGCAAAAGUCGGGAAUGGAUGAAAGCACGCUACGAUUGUAUGGGUGA